CGAUGUUGUCUUUUUGGCAAGCUUCGUCAUCCUUCAUGUUAUGACCUUAUACAUAUUGCUCCCCAUAAGCCAAAAAAAAUUUCGGCAGUAAUGACUUCGAACACUUGCAGAAUGUCCCUGCUGAUUUUCUGCGCUCUCGCCACAUUGGGUUUUGCCGCACCUCCUCUUGUGCAGGAUCUGAAAGAUUACCCAUGUGUGGAUGGUGUGAAUAACGUGGUGACACUUGCUGACAUUGACACAGCGGGCACCACAGUCCAUGUUGAUGGUGCUGUUGCACACCUGUACGAUUUGAAUGGCAACCCAUCGUGCGAAAAGGGCAAACCGAUGGUCGCAAUGCCAGGACUGAUCAGGCUUGUAAAAGGCAAAGUAAUUGUCAACGAAGGAACAGAUAUCAAGAAAUCCGGAGUAGCCAAAUGGACAUUCACAAAGCACAAGCUUAUUGGUACUCUGUGCAAGGAUGGCGAGAAAGUCAACAUACUCAUUCCAGACAAGUUCUGCAAACAAGACAUCUAUCCACUUAUUGGUGACGACUUUGCCAAGAUGCUUGCCACUCCAGGGGAAUACGACUUGGAAGUGCUUCUAAAAACUGCCGGUGUGACCGCUGAGUUUAAGACACCAAAACUCAACACAUUUGUCAACGGAAUCGUCAGGGGUGAGUGGCAAACUGUGUUGAGGUUUGAAUCUGAAGGAAAGACCCUUGCUCACAUGAAGGCACCAGCAAAUAAUGAUUGGCUCUUCUUUGAGUAGAUUGUAGAGGGUUAUGAUAGUAAAAUGAGCA